CAAGGCUUGCCAGCCUUUUUUCAUUUACAAAACAUUAUCCUAUGGCUGAGCACACCACCCCCUGCUAAGAUUCAAUAAGUAACGGACUAUGUAACAAGAGAACUACAACUUCCAAACGCUGUUGUUACUUGAAUAUGAUGAGGAACACAAAGAAAGGAACAGAACAAUUCAAAUAUUUUAAUGAUCUGUGAGUACUUCUCACCUUAACUGAAAACAACAACAAGGGGGGUCUGUUGAGCUCUUGCAAUGGAACCAGCAGGGAAAACCUCUUUGAUGAGACAAUGGAUACAGUUAGGCGAAGCCAUCACAGAAGAAUGGGCAGAUGAUGACUCCAGGAAUGGAAAAGAAUGGAAUGGACUUCACCAGGCAGCCUGGACUGGAAACAUACGACUAAUGAAACAAAUACUUCAACAGGGAGCAGACAUAGAUAGCAGAGAUGAAAAUGGCUGGACUGCACUGCAUCAUUCCUCAUUCAAUGGACAUCUUGCAUUGGUAAAACUUCUUAUACAGCGUGGUGCAGCAAUGAACUGUGUCAACAAACAUGGCUACAGUCCUCUACAUUGUGCUUCAGGCGAAGGACAAACCCAGGUAGUAGAGUAUCUUAUUCACCGAGGAGCCACAGUCACAGCAGUUUCUAAGAGUGGAUUAACACCACUUCAUUGUGCAGCAUCUUAUGGACAUACACUUAUGGUCCAGCUACUACUAAAACAUGGCGAAAACGUUCUUGUUGAGGACAGCAACAAGUGGACUGCUAUGCACUGGGCAGUUGUGAGUAAUCAGCUGCAUAUCAUAGAACUUCUAAUUUCAAUAGGGAUUCCUCCAGAUGUUGGCAGCGGUGGGACUAUAACACCCUUGUGCCUUGCUGCUGAGACUGGAAAAAGACAGCCACUGGAGCUACUUAUAGAAAAGGGGGCCUCGGUGAACAGUAAGGAUAGCCUGGGUAGAACUGCACUUCUUAUUGCAUCUGCAUGUGGAGAUGAAGAGGUAAUGCAUUGCUGUGCAUACUUUGCGGUUUAUAGAUUAAGGUGUAAUUUGCAGUGUUUUCUUAAAGAUUCAUGGGAAUUCCUAAGGGAAGUGGAUAAUACAUUACUCAAUGAGAAUAUGAUAAGGGAAGUGGAUACUACAUUACUCAAUGAGAAUAUGAUAAGGGAAGUGGAUACUACAUUACUCAAUGAGAAUAUAAGGGAAGUGGAUACUACAUUACUCAAUGAGAAUAUGAUAAGGGAAGUGGAUGAUACAUUACUCAGUGAGAAUAUGAUAAGGGAAGUGGAUACUACAUUACUCAAUGAGAAUAUGAUAAGGGAAGUGGAUACUACGUUACUCAAUGAGAAUAUGAUAAGGGAAGUGGAUACUACGUUACUCAAUGAGAAUAUGAUAAGGGAAGUGGAUACUACAUUACUCAAUGAGAAUAUAAGGGAAGUGGAUACUACAUUACUCAAUGAGAAUAUGAUAAGGGAAGUGGAUGAUACAUUACUCAGUGAGAAUAUGAUAAGGGAAGUGGAUACUACGUUACUCAAUGAGAAUAUGAUAAGGGAAGUGGAUACUACGUUACUCAAUGAGAAUAUGAUAAGGGAAGUGGAUACUACAUUACUCAAUGAGAAUAUGAUAAGGGAAGUGGAUACUACAUUACUCAAUGAGAAUAUGAUAAGGGAAGUGGAUACUACAUUACUCAAUGAGAAUAUGAUAAGGGAAGUGGAUGAUACAUUACUCAGUGAGAAUAUGAUUGUUGUUACCAUUAAUAUUAUAGAUAAUUUUUCUAUUAGCCCACACAAAAUAGGUUUGGAAUGGUUUGAAGACGUGAUUUCUGACAAGGGACUUUUUAAUUUGGAUGAGUUUAGGGUGACCGGGGGUUGGUCUCUGUCCCCUUCACAGCCUGAUGUCACUGACUCUUCAAUCUCUGAUGAGGAUGGUGCCCAAAGUGAGGCACAGGUGCGGGCUGCAGGGGAUGAAUCUGCCCCAGAGAUUGUGAAACUGUUACUGAAGAGUGGAGCUGAUGCCAACCUUACAGACCUGAGUGGGAGCACAGCACUACAUAAGGCAGCAUCCGCUGGCCAUCUUGCUGUAACACGAUGUCUGAUUCAAAAGGGAAUCAACAUGGAAGCCAGAGAUAAUCUGAACCUAACCACACUUCACAGGGCAGCAUUAAAUGGACAUACAGGAAUUGUGAACUGCCUCAUCCAGCAUGGAGCAAACACAGAGGCAUUCGGAUGGCUCAAUAAAACUCCAUUGCAUCUGGCAGUUGAAAGGGGUCACCUACCUGUUGUUGAACUGCUGCUAGAGAAAGGUGCAGAUCCUGAGGCAAGGACACAUUGGUAUGAGACAGCAAGUGACCUAGCAUAUGAGAGAAAAUGGAAUCCAUUAGAGAUGCAUACACAGUGCGUAUCAGCUUUAUAGCAUGCAAUUACAUAAUAAUUGCAUCUUAAUAUACUGACAUACACAAGCUCCAUGAAUGUCAGCCAUCAAAUCUAUUUAAUUUUGUUGCCAAAUGCCCCCACAGUAAGUACUGCAUCACUUCCUUCCUUAGACCAUCUUAUCCCUCAUUCUGUUUACUCUCACCUUGUAAAUGCCAUCCAUCUUAAACUGUACCACUUUAUCUAAAAUAAAGGUCUAUUCACCUUACACACCUUACACACCUUACACACCUUCUGUUAAAAAUCAUGCUCUUACAUGCCUUCUUAACUUACCUCCCUCUUUUUCUAAGACAGAGGCAGCACUCUUUUUUUAACCAAACUUCAUGUCUGAGAAAUAGUGUGAAGGUUUGCUUCAUCAUUUCACGUACUUAUAGUACAGCCCUACAUGAAAUCCAUUUUUCCUUUCCUCCACAUAGGAAGAUACAGUCAUCUCUAUCAUUCAGUACAUAGAGACCAUACCUUCACUUUAGGGAUCAUCUUGGUUAUUUCUGUACUCUGUCCAUCAUUAUGAGAGGUUUACUAAGUUGCAGAAAAUCAAAUUGCACUUAAAACUCCAGCCAUGACCUCUAUCUGAUUACUCGCUUGUUUUGUAGGUUUUCACUUGAUGCCCAUCUCUUUUACCCUUCUACACUAAUUACAUGUGCUUUGGUUCCCUUUAUAGGUGUCCUGGAUAACAUUAGCCCAUGUCUCUAAUCAGCUUUACCUGUGGAACAUAUUGACCUUCAUUUGAGUCUUUGCUACCUGGCAAUUAUCGUGACUCUUUGGCAUUGAACACCUGCUACUGUAUGUUCAUGAAAUCCAUUCUAGUUGUCUUGUAGCACCGCUUUACCAUCCCUGCCAUCAGAUGUAGUCCAGUUAGUGUUAUCUUCAAAUGGACUGAUACUUCUGCUACAUUAUUCAUCACUGUACACACUUCUGAAAGCUGCUGUUCUACUGCCUUUGUGGCAGAUCUGUUAAUCAUGUAACUGGUGUUCCUCCUAGCUGCAUAGAUCCCUGCUUCACCAAACUCUAAUAAUGCUCAGUAAAACUACUUACAUCUAUCCUUUGGAAUGGGUGUUAAAACAAAGGUCCCAUCUGUUGGAGUUGGUGGCAGCUCAGGUGGAUGUAAAAGAUCCCAUGGUACUUACAGAAAUUAGUAAGGGAAAUUUCCUGUUGUCCUGGCCAAAUUUCCCUUCCUAGUUAGUAUGGCUACUGUCAUGGGUCUCCCUUGAAAAGAAGCCAUUGUCCUAGUGGGACUAAACCAGUCAACAACAGAUGGAUGAAUGGAUGGAUAAAUAAUUAAAUAAAAUCUGCCUAUAAAGCAUUCAUUGCAUAAUGUUGCAUAGUUUUCCUCUCACCUAAUACAACUGUCAGUUGACCAUACUCCAGAAUGGACUACUCAGUGAAGACUUGUGCUGAUGGUCCAGAAUGCUGUGCAUAAGGGACACUUGUGCCAAUACAUAGACAAAGUAUCUGCCCUCUAAAAAAUGUCAACAGAAUAUCUUUCACUUUAUUCUUCUACAUUGUAUGAAUUGAGUUCCAUCAGUCUUCCAUACCCUUUAAUCAGCAGUCAUUGAAUCCUUGAAUUUCGGAAUCCUUGAGUUUGUCAUGCCACAUAUCCCUACUAGCUUAACUGCUCCCUUGUGGUAUCUUCAAUUUUCUCCUACUUAAAUGAGUAACAAUAAUACUCAUUAUAUCUCCCUGGUUCUCUCUCUCCUCUUUAGCAGCAUGCAGUAAGUUUCCAUUUAUAGCUGUUUGCUCUUUGUCAUUUCUAAGUCUUCCUCGUUCACCAGAAAUCCUGAUGUUAUCAUGGCUAAUAACCCUCAUCAGCCUUGCCUACAAUGAAACCAUCACUAAUCUGACUACU